GGCGACUAGACGAGGCCGAGCACGAGGACCCCUCACUCCCCUUGCGGCCUUGCGCGCUCAGCUAGAGCGGGCGGCGUUUAAUUGACAACUUAAAGGAAGAUUUAACAACGUUUUAUUUUUCGAUUAUCAUACACGAAUACCGCCCACGGCCGUCAAGAUGUCAUUGGCGUUCUCCGCGCGGUGUCUGGCAGGGCGAACGAUCCAGCAGGUGCGAGGGAUCUGCCGCUCGGCUGCUGUCCAGAGUGGCGGAAGUCUCUUCGUGCACAGGGACUCAGCCGAGAACAACCUAAACACGCCCUUUGACUUCACCCCUGAAAACUACAAGCGAAUUGAGGUGAUCGUUGGCAAUUACCCGGCUGAGCACAAGGCAGCUGCUGUUAUCCCAGUUCUAGACCUGGCCCAGAGGCAGCAUGGUUGGCUGCCCAUCUCCGCGAUGAACAAGGUGGCAGAGCUCCUCAAGAUACCCAAGAUGCGUGUGUAUGAGGUGGCCACCUUCUACACCAUGUACAACCGCCAGCCCAUGGGGAAGUACCACAUCCAGGUGUGCACCACCACUCCCUGCAUGCUGUGCAACUCGGACAGCAUCGUGGAGGCCCUCAAGAAGAAGCUGGGGAUUAAGCUGGGAGAGACGACGCCGGACAAGAUGUUCACCGUCACCGAGGUGGAAUGUCUGGGAGCAUGCGUGAAUGCCCCCAUGGUGCAGAUCAACGAUAACUACUACGAAGAUCUGACUGCAAAGGAUAUGGAUGAGAUCAUUGAUGAUUUGAAGGCUGGGAAAGUUCCAAAGCCGGGCCCAAGGAACGAGCGCUUCUCGUGCGAGCCGGCCGGAGGCCUCACGUCCCUCACGGAGCCGCCCACGGGGCCUGGCUUCGGCGUCCGGGCUGACCUGUGAUUGGAGGGGUGGGUGGGUGGGUGGGGGGCUGUCGUCUCCUCAGUUUCCCUCGACCUUUGCCACCUGUCCACAAUUUUGUCAACUCAAGUUUGGGAAGAGUUGUUGGGAAAGGUGGCCGAAGUCGGUCAGUCCUUGCGCACGCGAGGACGUGCUGCCCUUGUUAUGAUAAGACGUUUAGCAACUGUUUCAGAAGGUAAAAUGAUAAAAAAAAAUAUAUAAACAGCACCCCCUUCCCCAUGCUCAGGAUGUGUGUAAUAUGAUGUGAACACAUUAUAUACUUCAGCACAAACCCCCGUAUUUGUUUUGCAGCUGUGGAGUAUAUUUGCCUGAAUUAACAAGUCCACCUAUCCAGGAAUAUAUGAACACAUUAAAUGAAUAGAAUCAAAUAUGAAUUUGCAGUGAAGACCAGAAAGCGUUCAAUAAAACCUUGUAAAUGUC